UGCACUCUCCUCUUCAUCUGGUCUACAGUCUACUGCUGCUUGCUCUUGGGGGUAGGGUUGCAGCAUAUAAAAUACCACUCCAUCUCUUCUUGCGCAGCCAUAACCUGUGCACCCUUAACCUUAUCCUGCGCACUUCUCAUCCCUCUGCAUCGAAGCAAUGGGGUCUUCUCUUCCUCCCAAGGAGGCCAAUCUCUUCAAGCUCAUCGUCAAAUCAUAUGAAACUAAACAAUACAAAAAGGGACUAAAAGCUGCAGAUGCUAUAUUAAAAAAGUUUCCAGAUCAUGGAGAAACUUUGUCGAUGAAGGGGUUAACAUUGAAUUGCAUGGACCGCAAAGCAGAAGCAUAUGAGCUUGUACGGCGUGGACUAAAGAAUGAUCUUAAAAGUCAUGUUUGCUGGCACGUUUAUGGUCUCUUAUAUCGAUCGGACAGGGAAUACAGGGAGGCAAUAAAAUGCUACAGAAAUGCUUUGAGGAUUGAUGCAGACAAUAUUGAAAUACUUCGUGACCUCUCUCUCUUGCAGGCACAAAUGCGGGACUUGACUGGUUUUGUUGAAACAAGACAAAAACUCCUGACCCUGAAACCAAACCAUCGCAUGAAUUGGAUAGGUUUUGCUGUUGCCCAUCAUUUAAACUCAAGUGGCUCAAAGGCAAUUGAAAUCCUUGAAGCCUAUGAAGGGACACUAGAAGAUGAUUAUCCUCCAGAUAAUGAACGUUGUGAGCAUGGAGAAAUGCUCUUAUACAAGAUAUCUCUGUUGGAGGAAUGUGGAUUUCUUGAAAGGGCUCUGGAGGAAUUGCACAAGAAAGAGUCUAAAAUUGUUGACAAAUUAGCUUUGAAGGAACAGGAAGUUUCUUUGUUAGUAAAGCUUGGUUGUCUAGGGGAGGGGGAGAAAAUAUUUAGAGCUUUGCUCUCCAUGAACCCUGACAAUUACAAAUAUUAUGAAGGUCUGCAGAAAUGUUUAGGGCUAUAUUCAGAACAUGGCCUGUAUUCCGCUGAUGACAUUGAUAAGCUAGAUGCCUUCUACAAGUCACUUAGGCAGCAAUACACUUGGUCAUCUGCUGUUAAGAGAAUACCACUUGAUUUUCUAGAAGGUGAAAAUUUCCGAGAAGCAGCAGAUAAUUAUAUCAGGCCUCUUUUAAUUAAGGGAGUUCCUUCAUUGUUCUCUGAUCUUUGUCCUUUAUAUGAUCAUCCAGGCAAGGCAGACAUUCUGGAGAAGUUGAUUCUUGAGUUGGAACAUUCAAUUAGAAAGACUGGAACAUAUCCAGGGAGGUCUGAGAAGGAACCUCCUUCAACACUUAUGUGGAUUUUAUUUUUGUUAGCUCAGCAUUAUGAUAGACGGGGCCAAUUUGAUGUUGCUCUCAAUAAAAUUGAUGAGGCCAUUGAUCAUACUCCAACCGUGAUUGAUCUAUACUCUGUCAAGGGCAGGAUAUUGAAACAUGCAGGUGACUUGGUAGCUGCUGCAGCUUUGGCAGAUGAAGCUAGGUCCAUGGAUCUUGCAGAUCGUUUCAUAAAUAGUGAAUGUGUUAAGCGUAUGCUCCAGGCUGAUCAGGUAGGAUUAGCAGAAAAAACAGCUGUUUUAUUCACAAAAGAUGGAGACCAGCACAAUAACCUUCAUGACAUGCAGUGCAUGUGGUAUGAACUUGCUUCUGGUGAAAGUUACUAUCGGCAAGGGGAUCUCGGGCGUGCUUUGAAAAAUUUCUUGGCUAUUGAGAAGCAUUAUGCAGACAUGACUGAAGACCAAUUUGAUUUCCAUUCAUAUUGCCUAAGAAAAAUGACUCUUCGUGCCUAUGUGGAAAUGCUGAAAUUUCAAGAUCGAUUGCAUUCACAUAAAUAUUUUCAUAAGGCAGCAGUUGGGGCUAUCAGAUGCUAUAUGAAGUUAUAUGAUUCUCCUCCAAAAUCAAUGGUUGAAGAAGAUGAAGAAAUGGCAAAGUUGCCUCCUUCUCUGAAAAAGAAAAUGAGACAAAAGCAGAGAAAGGCAGAAGCCCGUGCAAAGAAAGAGGCUGAAGAGAAAAAUGAGGAGUCAAGUGCCGGAAAUGUCUCUAAAUUUGGAAAGCGGCAACAUGUGAAGCCAGUAGAUCUUGACCCGAAUGGGGAGAAGUUGUUGCAGGUUGAAGAUCCAUUAUUAGAAGCUACAAAAUAUUUGAAGUUACUGCAGAACAAUUCCUCAGAUUUUUUGGAAACACACUUGCUUUCUUUUGAAGUUAACAUGAGGAGGCAGAAGAUUUUGCUUGCCUUUCAGGCUGUAAAGCAAUUACUUCGGUUGGAUGCAGAUAACCCUGAUACUCAUCGGUGCUUGAUAAGAUUCUUUCAUAAGGUGGAUAACAUGUCAGCUCCAGUGACUGAUGCAGAGAAACUCAUUUGGCGUGUUUUAGAAGCAGAGCGCCCUGAUCUGAGUCAAUUGCAUGGGAAAUCUCUAAUUGAAGCAAACAACUGCUUCCUUGAAAAGCAUAAAGAUUCCUUGAUGCAUAGAGCAGCAGCUGCAGAAAUGCUAUUUGUUCUGGAUCCUCAGAAGAAAGCAGAGGCUAUCAAACUUAUUGAAGAUUCAACCAACAGCGUGAUGCAAGCAAAUGGAGCAUUAGGAGCAGUAAAGGAAUGGAAGCUCAAAGAUUGUAUUUCAGUUCACAAAUUCCUUGGAGCAGUCCUGGUUGAUCCUGGAGCUGCAUCUAGAUGGAAAACACGAUGUGCUGAGUACUUCCCUUUCUCAACAUACUUUGAAGGUAUACGCAGCUCAGCCUUCUCGAAAUCUGCCGAGGACAAAAUCUUGAAUACACGUCAAAAUGGGGAUUUGAACAACCAUCAUGAGGCUACUCAACGUGGAGAUUCUUACUCUGUAAAUGGGAAAUUAGAGGCAUUCAACAAUCUAACCAUCUAAUUUCACAUCAUCACCUAACCUAUCUUCUAGAGCUAUAGAUCCAAGAGAUACAGGGAGAAACUGAGAAAGUGUCAAAAGAGCUGAAUCAUGCUCGGGGCCCAGAAGGUAUCCAAAAUUCCCAAAGGAGGGAAAGAUCUGAACGGAAGUACUUAUAAGUUUUGUCAACAAAUGCUUUGAGACUUUUUUACCCUGAUAGCCAUUUCUUCCACCGGGUUUCAGGAUAAAUUCUGUUAAAAUGUGUAUAUUUAUAGUUCAUUUUGUUCUGAGUUGAAUCAUCUACUGUUCUUGUUGAGUCGAUCCUGGAUAGUGGUGGUAAGUGGGGUUAGAAUGUGCAGCAUUUCAAGGCUAUAAAUAUUUAUUUAAGGUCAAGGGGAGCGCUGAUGUUUCACCGGAUGGUUCUAUAUUUGGUCAUAACACUUCGGCAUAACAUUUUGCCCGAUGAGCUGACCUGCAGUGCUUCGACGGUUUGUACCCAAUCGUAUAUGUUUCCUGACCAUUGUUCGGUGUUGAUGUAUUACAAAACAUAGAAAUUUUGUCAUGAAUUCACAUUGUACCAAUUGAUUUCGCAAUGAUGAUCAACAAGCAACGUUUGGAGUGAAAGAAGAAUAAUUGAAGUUAGCUUUCUAUUUUGCCCUUA